AUGUCAGCUGGUGGAAAUUUUAUACCACCCAUGAUAAUUUUUCCUAGGGUGAGAAUGAAACCUGAACUACAGGAUGGUGCUCCUCCAGGAACUAUUUUUCAUUGUCACCCAUCUGGAUGGAUGCAAUUAGAAAUUUUUACAGAAUGGUUCCAACAUUUUAUUAAUCAUGCCAAACCAACAGCAGAAGAUCCAGUUCUGCUUAUACUAGAUGGUCAUAUGACACACACAAGGAAUUUACAGUUUAUUGAUUUAGCAAGGAAAAAUCAUACCACUGUUGUGUGCUUACCGCCACAUUGUAGCCACAAAUUGCAGCCAUUGGACGUUUCUUUUAUGGGACCUCUAAAUACAUACUAUGUUCAGGCAAUUGAGAAGUUCCUACAAAAUAACCCAGGAAGAGUUGUAUCUCAAUUUCAAGUGAGCAAACUUUUUGGUGAAGCUUACAUUAAAGCUGCAACUCAUAUGAUUGCCAUAAACGGUUUCAGAAAAUGUGGAAUUGUGCCAUUAGAUCCGAAUAUAUUUGAUGAUUCAGAUUUUAUUGCAGCUCAAACUACUGAAAUUGCUGUAAUAGAUAAACCAAUAGCUGAAAUUGCUGUAAUAGAUCCACCAGUAGCUGAAGUUUCAAUAAAUGAGAAUGAAACAAAUAACAAUCAAGAAGAAACCCAACCUAGCUCAUCGUUUACUGUUAGUCCAGUACAUUUAAUUCCUAUACCUAAAACAAGUAUUAAAUCACGGUCAACUAACAGGAAAAAAGGCACAGCUGCUAUUUUAACAUCUAGUCCAUAUAAAACAGAACUAGAAGCUUCCGAAGCCGUAACACCACCUAAAAAACGUUUAUUUAAUAAAAAAAAACCAACAUGCAAACGAAAAAAAAAAUCAAAACAAGUCUAA